AUGUUCAAUAUUAAAUAUAAAUUGAAAGGAAAUAGACUUCUAGCUUAUGUCGGGGUGGGAGUUUGGAUCUUAGCUUUAAAUGUUUAUUUAUAUUGUUAUCAUUUAGAAACUAUAUCUGAUGGGAUUGAAACUAUAAUCGAUACCACCAAUCAACAUCUUCAAUCAUUUAAUAAAGGUAAUAAUGAUGAAUCCUCCACUUCAGAUUCAACUUAUGAUGCCUUUGAUCAACAAGAUCAACCAAAUUCAGGUUAUAAACCUUUAAAUACUUCUAUUUUAUCAACCACUCCUUUUAAACUUUAUAUCGAACAAUAUUUAGAAGAUAAAAGAAACAUCGAUCCCAUCUUUUCAUCUAAUUAUGAAACUAUGUUUAAUAUCAAUGAUGAUAAUUUAAAUACUAAUCCUGAUUUUUAUAAAUUCUUAUCAACUUUAGAUUUUAAUGAUCGUUGUCAAUUAUAUUUUGAAAAUUUAUUUGAUCAUAAUCAAAAUUGGUUUAUAAAUCCUAAUGAAAGAGCUCAAGCUCAUCGAUUUAAUUUUGAUUUCGAUACAUUUUUAAAUGAUAAACGUCGUGAAUUACAAGAACAUUUUAAUGAAGAUAAUGGUAAAAAUAAAAAUGAACAAAUUGAUGAUCAAAAUGCUUUUAAUAAGUAUGUUGAUGAAAAAUAUCAUGAAUAUGCUGAUUCAAUUUAUCAACAAGAACAAACCAUGGUUGAUAGUUUAAGUCAUUUAAGAAUCUUUAAUAAAUGUUAUUUAACUUCCAAUGACAUAAGUCAACAAAAUACCAUUAAAAAUUUCAUUGCUGAACAAAAACAUUUUGGUAAAUCAAUGUUAGUUUUAGAAAAGCAAGAUUUAAAACAUAAAACAACUAAAGCAUCAAAUAACAAAAAUAAGAAAAGAUCGAUCAAAAUUGAUCCUACUAAAGAUUGUUCCAAUUUAGAAGAACGUUUAUACCCAUGGUUAUCCAAUCAUUAUCCAAUCUUUGAAAAAUGGACAGGAGCUGUCGAAUUACAUCCUCCAGUUUUCAAAAAUUCAAAUGCUCGUAAAACAAAUCCAUCAACGGAAUCUCAUUAUGGAUCAUGUUUCUUAAAUAAAUUCAGAAAAUCCUUAAGUGGGAAAGGUAUAGUCCUUACUAUUGGGGACCAACACGUUGAUGAUACCGUUCAUUUAAUUACCUUAUUAAGAGCUCUUCAAAAUACUUUACCUAUUCAAAUUGUUUAUUAUGAUAAUCUUUCGGGUCAUUCCAAAUCAAGAAUCGUAAGAGCUGCUAGAGAAGAAAUGAGAGAUUUACCUGAAUCUUUCGAACAAGUAAGAGAUCAAUUUUCUAAUGAUUAUGAUCGUGGAUUACCUAAACAAGAAGUUUAUUUCGUUAAUACUUAUAGUGUAAUUCAUGAUAAUUAUAAACUGAGAUUCGAACAUUGGGGGAAUAAAUUAUUAGCUACCGUAUUCAAUACAUUUGAAGAAUUCUUAUUAAUUGAUGCUGAUACAAUUUUAUUAAAGAAUCCAGAAUGGUUCUUUUCUAAUAGUAAAUACAGUAAAUCUGGUGCUUUCUUCUUUAGAGAUAGAACUACUAUCCCAACUAGACCUGAUGCUGAUGCAAGAUUCAUUAAAAAAAUGUCUCCAUCCAAACUUGAUGCUAUUAUGUUUGAUUUCCCCUUAAUAACCGACCAUACCCUUGAAUUAGAAUCUAUGCAUGGUUUAUUCCACUUUAUGGAAGCAGGAGCAGUCACUAUUGAUAAGACUCGUCAUUUCACCUCGAUUUUAUUAUUACCCCAAUUAAAUUUCAUGGAAUCAUUUAGACUUUUAAGUCAUGGUGAAAAAGAAUUAUUUUGGCUUUCAUUUGUUGUUAAUGGUGAUGAAGGAUUUACAUUUAAUAAGAAUUUUGCCGCUGCUGCUGGUAAAAAAAGUGCUCCAAAAGUUGUCAACGGUAGAAUCCGUCAAGCUAAAGAAGUUUGUUCAGCACAUCCUGCCCAUGUUGAUGAUGAAACCAGUGAAUUAGUAUGGUUUAACUCUGGUUUCCAUUUCUGUGGGAAAUAUGCAGAUAUCGAUUAUACUCAUGAUAUUGAAGAACAAAAUGGAAGAUAUAAAGAAGGAUUAGAUUCAAUUGAUCUGUUAAAAGCUUAUUAUUAUGAACCACUUGACAUUGAUACUAUUAUUAUUCCUCCCUUUGUAGAUUCUCAAAAAAUGUAUGUUGGUAAUAAUGAAGGUGAACCUCCAAGAGGAUGGGAAAUGAUUCAUGAAUUAUGUAAUCAAUAUCUUUGGUGUGCUUAUAAUACUAUUGGGGGUGCAGAUAAACGUCAAGAAGGGUCACUUAUAAGUGUUGAUGAAGAAAGUCAAAAAUUAUUUAGAUACUAUGGUGAUAUUUGGGUUGGAGUUGAGUAA